UCGACGUGUUCACGAUGCCCAAAACGUCUCUGUAUUUUCUAUUAAACAGUACAAUGCGCUUUAUGGCUAUUACGUAAUUCCAUUUCACUUUUUAGGAAUGUCCGGGUGAGUUUCCAUUUCCGUUUUUCCACCGAUAUUCAGUGAAUGGCGAUAAUUCCCACAGUUUACAAAACAACUACAGCUUGAUUACAAACCAACCCUUGUUAAACCUACUAUUUAUUCGCAUAAUGUUCAGAUCCAUCAUCAGUCAACAGUCAAGACUUAUCACUCGUUUCCCAGCCUCCAAGAACAUCUCCUCUUCGUUCACUAGGCUACUCUCUACAGAGACCAGAGAAGCUAUUGAAAGAGCCGUCGCAUCUGCUCCAGUAGUUUUGUUCAUGAAAGGUACCCCGGAACAACCAAUGUGUGGGUUCUCAAGGGCCACAAUCAACAUCCUGGGCCAGGUUGGUGUUGAUCCUGAGAAAUUUGCCGCCUUCAAUGUGUUGGAGGAUUCUGAACUUCGUGAAGGAAUCAAAGAAUUCAGUGAAUGGCCUACAAUCCCUCAACUGUAUGUCAACAAAGAAUUCGUCGGUGGUUGUGAUAUUGUCACUUCAAUGGCACAUUCCGGUGAGCUUACACAGCUUCUGGAAGACAGCAAGGUCCUUAUCGACGAUGAAGAGUAGUUAAGCUACCGUAUUACAAAGCAACCACGUCUUUCAUCACGCACCCCCUUCUGUAUAUAGAUAUAGAUAUAUAUGAGCUUUUCCCAAUGUGAAAGCCUUCUAGAUUGUAUUCUCAAGCCUUUAGAUUUGUCAUUCGUGGGAACUCUAUCCAAAACUGGCGAUGACAAACUCCGUUAAGAGAACGUAUAUAGCAUCAUUAUCGGCACUUAAUCCAUGAAGCCAGUCAGCUACGUACUGUUACAACUAGGUAACAAGAGCUGUAGCUAAUAAUCGGAAAGAAUAAACGCCUUCAUUGUGGUUUUAUAUACAUUGGCUAAAGAGCCUUCUUCCACCCACCGCCUCCUCACAUAUAGCGUUGCAAGGAUUUUUUACUUUUGGUUCUCGCACUCAAUGCCGCC